AUGACAGGGUCCUCGAACGAACAUGAUGCGGCCGCGAUCCUGUGGAGGCACCCGAGCCCCUUCGACACGCAGCUGGCCCGGUUCAUGCGCCAUGUGAGCCGCAAGUACGACCUCCAGCUGGAGACGUACCCGGCACUCUACCAGUGGUCCAUCGACAACGUCGCCGAGUUCUGGGGCGAGGUGUGGGAGUUCUGCGGCGUCGUGUCGUCGCGCACUUACGACGCCGUGCUGCCGGGUGCCGGACCAGGGGGCAAGGCCGAGGCCGAGGCGGUGCCCAUGUUCCCGAGACCCGACUUCUUCUCGGGCGCCCGUCUCAACUUUGCCGAGAACCUGCUCUUCCCCGCGGGCGUGGAGGUGGACCCCGCGGGCGUGGCCGUCAUCACCGCCACGGAGCGGCCCGGUGAUGUUGUCGAGACGUCGUGGGCGGAGCUGAGGGAGGCGGUGCGUCGGUGCGCGAGCGCCCUGCGCGCGGCUGGGUUGAAGCAGGGCGAGGUUGUGGCCGGCUACGUGUCGAACCACGUACAGUCGCUGGUCGCGAUGCUGGCGUCGGCAUCGCUGGGGGCGGUGUGGUCCGGCAUCAGCCCGGACAACGGCGUGUCGGCGGUGCUGGACCGGCUGGCGCAGCUCGGGCCCAAGGUGCUCUUUGCCGACGACGGCAUGGUCUACAACGGCAAGGAGUGGUCGAGCAGGGCCAAGACGGAGGAGAUCGUGGGCGAGCUCAAGAAGAAGGGCCUCGAGCUGGUCGUCGUCAUCAGGAACCUCCCCGGCGCCGGCGCCGACCCCGGGCUCGCCGGGCUCGACAGCCUCGGGGCCCAGGUCGCCAGGGCGGACGAGUACGAGAACUUCCUGGGCAGCUCGCCCGACGAGGGGCUCCGCUUCGAGCAGCUGCCGCCGUCGCACCCGCUGUACAUACUCUUCUCCUCGGGCACGACGGGCCUGCCAAAGGCCAUCAUCCACACGGCGGCGGGGACGCUCGUCCAGCAUAAGAAGGAGCACCUGCUCCACGGGUCCGUCUCGCGGGCCUCCCGCAUGCUCUACUACACCACCACGAGCUGGAUGAUGUGGCACUGGAGCAUCUCGGCCCUCGCCGUCGGCGCCUCCCUCGUCCUCUACUCGGGCUCGCCCUUCCGGCCCCACGGCCACAUGUCCCUCCCCAGGCUGCUGUCCGAGCUGCACGUCACGCACUUUGGCACCAGCGCCGCCUACCUGGUGGCCCUCGAGGCCAACGGCGUCCGCCCCGUGCAGCACCCCGAGCUGGACCUCAGCCGCCUCGAGGCCAUCUACUCGACUGCCUCGCCGCUGCCGCCCUCGACCUUCAGCUUCGUCUACGAGGCCUUCCCCAAGAACAUCAACCUGGGCUCCAUCACCGGCGGCACCGACAUCAUCUCGCUGUUUGGGGCCCUCUGCCCGCUGCUGCCCGUCCGCGUCGGGGAGAUCCAGUGCGCCGGCCUGGGCAUGGCCGUAAAGGUCGUCGACAGCAACUCGGCCGCUGACGAUCCCAGGCCCGUGGACCCGCCUGAUGCGCCCGGAGAUCUCGUCUGUGUGAAGCCUUUCCCGUGCCAACCGCUGACCUUCUAUGGGGAGAAUGGCCAUGACAAGUAUCGCGCUGCCUAUUUUGAGCGCUUCCCGGGGAUAUGGCAUCACGGCGACUUCAUCCAGAUCACUAAAAAUGGCGGUCUCAAGAUGCUAGGCAGGAGCGACGGCGUCCUUAAACCCGCAGGCGUCCGCUUCGGCUCGGCCGAGAUCUACAACAUCCUGACGCGCUUCUUCGCCUCCGAGAUCGAGGACUCGGUGUGCAUUGGCCGCCGCCGACCCAACGUCGACGCGGACGAGACCGUCUGCCUGUUCCUGGUGAUGGCCCCCGGCAAAAAGUUCGUCAAGGGCGACACCGACGCCCGCGUCCGUGAUGUCAUCCGCCGCCAGCUCAGCCCGCGCCACGUCCCCGCUGUCGUCGAGGAGUGCGGACCCGCCGGCGUCCCCAAGACGGGCAACGGCAAGAAGAUUGAGGUUGCUGUCAAGCAGAUCCUCUCUGGGAUGGAGGUCAAGACGAAUGCGAGUGUUGCGAAUCCCGAGGCCCUGGCUUGGUUCAAGACCUGGUCUGAGCAGCAUCCUUGA